UCAUAGUUGUACCAGUGUGUGUCUGUGAACGUGUCCCUGUGGGUAACCUGAAGCGUGCACUUGAACGCACCACGCCGGUUCUGGACCCUCCUCAGUCCGCAGCACGUGUGUGUCCUCCUCCUCCUCCUCUGCUGGAUUAAAGCCAGACCCGGACUCCUGCAGCCUCCUCCUCCGCUGCUCAGUCCGACCGGAGACACUCGGACAUCACACUCGGACAUGGACGCUUCAGCCAAAACCGCAGACGGAGCGAAGGAGGACCUGAAGGCGGCCGAAGCCGGUGAGCGGGACUCCGCCGGGGCCGGUGGCCGCUGUCUGAGCAGGAUCUCCGGCUGCGUCCCGCUCCGGUACCGCACCGAGCUGCAGGAACUUCUGAAACUAGCGGGACCGGUGGUCAUCUCCCAGCUCAUGGUCUUCAUGCUCAGCUUCGUCAGCAUGGUGUUCUGUGGUCACAUGGGGAAAACGGAGCUGGCUGGAGUUUCUCUGUCCAUCGCUGUGGUGAACGUCACCGGUAUUUCUGUUGGCACCGGACUGUCCUUGACGUGCGAUACUCUCAUCUCUCAGACGUAUGGGAGCGGAAACCUGAAGCGAGUCGGCGUGAUCCUCCAGAGGGGGAUCCUGAUCCUGCUGCUGGCCUGCUUCCCCUGCUGGGCCGUCCUCAUCAACACCGAGCCUCUGCUGCUGGCCGCCAGGCAGACUCCAGAGGUCGCCAGCCUGUCGCAGCUCUACGUGAAGAUCUUCAUGCCUUCGCUGCCGGCUGCCUUCAUGUACCAGCUGCAGGGCCGGUAUCUUCAAAAUCAGGGAAUUAUAUGGCCUCAGGUCAUAACCGGAGCCAUCGCAAACAUCCUGAACGCGUUAAUCAACUACCUCCUCCUGUUUCGCCUGGAUAUGGGGGUUGCUGGGUCUGCAGCAGCCAACGCCAUCUCCCAGUACGUCCUGGCUGUGUUCCUGUUCGUCUACAUCUGCAUCAGGGGGCUGCACAAAGCCACGUGGGGAGGCUGGUCCAUGGACUGUCUGCAGGAGUGGGGGCCCUUCGUGAAGCUGGCCAUCCCCAGCAUGCUCAUGCUCUGUCUGGAGUGGUGGCUGUUCGAGAUCGGAGGCUUCCUGGCCGGCGUGAUCAGCGAGGCGGAGCUGGGAGCCCAGUCGGUCGUCUACCAGCUCACCGUCAUCGCUUACAUGAGCCCGAUGGGAUUCUCGGCUGCUGCCAGCGUGCGGGUUGGAAACGCCCUCGGUGCCGGAAACGUGGAGCAGGCCAAGCUGUCGUGCAAAGUUCCCAUCAUCAUCGGAUCCAUAAUCGCCUGUUUCGUGUCAGCUGGCUUCGCCAUCUGCAGAAAUGUCAUCGGAUUCAUUUUCACCUCAGAGCUAGAGAUCGUGCACAGGGUUGCCGACGUCAUGUUCAUAUUUAUAUUCACGCAUAUCGCUGAUGCCACUGCGGGCGUGACUGGAGGUGUCCUCAGAGGAGCAGGUAAACAGCUGAUCGGUGCUCUGUGCAACCUGGUGGGAUACUACUUCAUCGGCUUCCCCAUCGGCGUGUCCCUGAUGUUUGCAGCCAAGAUGGGCAUCGUGGGUCUGUGGACUGGACUCACGGUUUGCGUUGGAAUGCAGUCGAUCUUCUUCCUCGUGUAUUUGUACAAACUCGACUGGAACAAGGCUGCUGAAGAGGCUCUUGUACGAGCGGGAGUCCAGAGUAUAGAUGGAAAAGAGACGGUCGGGAUGGAAAACAAAGACUCCAAUCACAACCAGGCCCAGGUCAGCAGCUCUGCAUCCAGAUGUGAGAGGGCCGAGGAGGAGCAUCCAUACCAGGAGGCGGAUUCGCCCGAACAGGCUAAAUCCAUCAGCACCACGGUGGGAGAUGUUCUGUCCGUGACGCAGCUGGUUCUACGUCGUGGACUCAUAUUGCUGGUCAUGUUCAUUAUCCUUGCUGCUGGAAUCGUCGCCAGCGAGCUCCUCACCCAGCUGUUCAAAUGACGCCUCCGAUGGCGUAAAGCAGGCAGACUGAUGGCAGAAAGUUACCUUAGAUCAUAUUUUUGUUAACUGUGGAUCACCUUCCUUAAUGAAGGAACCAAUAAGAAGAUCCAGCUGAGGAUCCACAGUCUGCAGCUUAGUGCAGAAUUUAUCCAACAACCCUGACGUUUACGGUGUAGCUGUGCAGCGCCAGAGAGCCGAAUCAAACAAGACGAUGAGCCAAAGAGAUCCAGAUGUUCAUCAAGGGCUUCAGAGCUGCAGUAGGCAGAAAUUAAAAGCUCAAAGUCAACAUUGAUUUGUGGCUUCACCUUCAAACCCCAACUCCCUGAGUAAACAAGAGUCCCCAUGUUGUAGAGUUCAUCCCCAAAUCUACAAGAGUCCAGGCAGACUUCUUCAACAGAUGUCUACCUGCAGCUAAACAUUUGUGCUCCGAGUGCAGUAAUGUGCUCAGAUACGACCUACUGUGUAUCCAUGGACCAGAGUCAUCUGAGCAGACUCCCACAGACUACACAAGUAGUAUCACCACAACAACGAGAUGUCUGCACAUUUCCCCAAAAUGCAAUUAUCACAGCAAACCACAAAAAACACAAUGACUAAAACAUGAAUCUGAAUAAAAAGACAAUGCAAUAUAUAGAAUAGGGACAGGGUGAGAAUAAGGGAUGAAGUCAGGGUGUCAAGCUCUACUUGAAUGCCAAAGAGAAGAAGUAGGUCUUUAACAGGAACUUAGAAGCUUCUAAAGUCUAAGUAGAUCUUAUUUAAGGUAUGAACUGUUCCAGAGUUUAUCUUUUUGGAAAAAAGUUUCGACCACUGAGAUGAUUUGUCACAUGUGAAGGAGCUGCUGAGGAUCAGGAAGGUUUUUCACCAAAGACUGAUUGUAUGAAACCAAAGUGCCAAAACUGCUGACAGGGUCAUAAAAGAUCCGGUCGACAAAACGUAACAAUCUCAGUCUUCAUCAGGAUUGAGAAAGAAUAACUUCAGGUUUUAAUAUCUUUGAAGCAUUCCAGAUAGACCUGCACUGAGUCUUUACUUUU